AUGUCACCCAAGUCCACUCCCCAGUCAUCGCUUCCUCCCCUCUUGGCACUCCCUCCCCUCUUCACACCAUCGGAUCUCCUCACCUUACUGCCUCUCCCCCUCUCGACGCCCCCCUGGAGGACGUGCUUGCUCCUUCCCGUCCCCUUGUGGCAGCCUUCCCGCAAGCAGACGAAGAGGCAGCUGACCCAAGCUGAGAAGGCCUCUCGCGCGGCUGCGGCUGAGGUAGCCCGUAACCACCAGAUGGAGGUCGCCGACGCCGUGAAGGCGUUCCAUCCCAGGGAAGAAGCCGAGAUCAAGGCGGAGGCCGCAAGGCUCAGCCUCAAGACAGACUACUUCCGGAGGCUGGUUCGAGGGAAAAUCAAUGUCAAGCCGCCUAGGGAACCGAGCCUUCGCGAGGCUCUUACCUCUGCUAAAGCGGCGGAUAUCAACAAAGAUCGUGAGGUGAAGUUGCGGCUGCGGAAGAUCGUGGACGAGCUCGACAAGGACGACGACAUGAGCACCAGUAACCUCACCCAAGAGGAGAAAGACGCGCUCAUCGCGCGCUUGAAGGAGAAGAAGGCCACCAAGGGUACUGCGAUGCGAGCGUCGAACACGGGCGCAGCCAAGGAUCACACUGCAAGCACAAAGCGGAUGCGACACGAACUGGACACGGGCGGCCUCCGCAACGGCACCCUCGGUUUUUUCUUCGUCACGCGCGCACACAUCAACGACACUCUUGCAACGGACUUCUACGGCAAUGCGCACGCCCUCCAAAUUUUCAAGGAUAUUCUCGGGAAGGAUCCUGCCGAGGUUGCUCGACUUUUUGACAUGUGGUCAUGCACCAAUAGUAAAAAUAUUCAGGAGCGCAACAAUUACUCGGUUAUCAAGUCUCAGUGCUCGCAUUUGGUCACAUUUAAGCUCCAGCAAGCCACACGCUCCAAACCGAAGAUGAACUAUGUCAACAUUCACAAGUUUGCCGCCACGCACAAGAUCAAGAUCAAGGGCUGGCCACCGAGUAUCGAGAUAGGCAAUCCAUCUGACGUCCUCCACAACAUUGACGAGGCUAUCCUACUGCGGGAUGCUUUGGUAUCUGGCGCUUGCCACUGGGCUCAGAUGACCGACGCUGAAGUAGCUGCCCAUCACGCGGAAAUGGCCAGGCUGGAGGCGGAGGGUAAGCCUGUCGGGAAGCGUCGGAAGGCGCGCUCUGACAAGGGGAAGACGCACAAGAAGAGGAAGCAGGAUGAGGACGCCAAGGGCUGCGUGUCGCGUCGCCAAAAGAAGGUGAAGAGUGUUGCCAUCAUCGAGUCUGAGGAUGAGGACGAUGAUGAGGAUUAUCAAUCUGACGAGUAG